UAAUUUUGAUUUCUAGUAUCAUCAUCUCUUUUAGUAUGCGAUCGACUUUAAUUAUUGGCCGGGUUUUCAGUUUCAAACGAUCACUGACUUGCAAAAAUAAUAUGAAUAGUGUAAUGACAUUUCGGGAGACGGAAAAGGAAGUGAUCAUAAAGGCGCCAUGGGGAAAUAUUGCGGGUUUAACAUGGGGUCAGCCAUCGGAUCCGCCCGUAUUGCUAGCACCUGGCCGUAUCGAACCCUGCUCAGCUUUUCGCCCUCUGGUCCAUAAACUCCCGCAGAAGUUUUAUUACGUAGCGAUAGAUUUUCCAGGCAACGGAUUCUCCGAUCAUUUCCCGAAAGGCUUACGUUUCACGACAUACGAUUUCAUACCGACAGUUUUGAAAGUGGUCGAGCAUUUUGGUUGGGAGAGAUUCGCUUAUAUCGGCCAUUCUCUCGGCGCGGCUGUGGGUAAGUUCUUCGAAAUGGCGUACCCGGGUCGUAUGACACGCAUAGUGGAACUGGAUCCCGUACCAGCGUACCAUACGGUGGCGUACCACGAGAUCGCCAAAUGGUACGAGAGGAUGUACGGGGGUCAUUAUUCCGAUGAGGCGUACCGGAAACACACCGGUGGGAAGGAAAAGGCGCCUUUGUAUACCUACCAACAGGCCAAGGAGAUGUUUAUUAAAGUACAGGGUCUUACCGACGAAGCAGCGGAUUGCAAUUUGGAACGACUGUUGGAGCCUAUGGGCGAUGGCCUUUAUAGAUUAACGUACGACCAACGUAUGAAAAGCCCCUUCGUACUGCCGUUCACGGCGGAAAACCUACGAGCAAUGUACACACAGACAGACGUACCAACUUUGGCUAUACUAGCCCAAGAAUUGGUAGAUCGGGGCUUGUACACGCAUGUUCCCUUCGUGUCGGAUGAAAACGCUUGGCCGAACGGGAAUUAUAGAUAUAAAGUGGUACCUGGGAACCACGACUUGCAUGUGAACACCCCGGGGGCUAUUUCUGAUGACGUCGCCAGUUUUCUACUUGAGGGUUACCCGAAGAUGUCGAAAUUGUAAUUUUCUAGCAAAAGAUCGUGUAUGGCAACUCAUUUGUGUAUAUUGCUAAGCACAUAAUUACGAACAUAUGGCAACCGUAUACGCAAGUACUAUUGACGCAUCAAAAACCACUCCACUUUAGUAGCGCUUCUCAAACAGGCGGUUUGUUACUUCACUUCAUUUAGCAGUUGACAGUAAUUAUUUAACUUCUAAUGUUCUAAACGUUUACCAUAAAAUGGGGAAACAUUUCGCGGGUGUGAAGUGAGACACACGCGGGGCUUUUUUACUGUUUUAGACGCAAUGCACUGCACGCAAACAGCUUAAUGAGGGUUAUUAUAUCUUCUUGAUUAUGUAUUGCUAAGUUAUAAUGCGUAAAUAAAUAAUUUUACUCUA